AUGACAGAGUGCGCGCUGGUAGCCACUGUAAGCGAGCACGAUGCCAGUAUGGAUGUGGGAAAUGACAAAUCCCUAUUCGAGCCUACUAUUGAUAUGAUGGUAAAUGAUUUCGACGACGAGAGAACCCUAGACGAAGAAGAAGCUUUGGCGGCAGGUGAGCGUCAAGACCCGAAGGCUGAAUUAAAUAGUCUGCAGCGGGAAGGUGAUAUGCCUUUAGAGGAAUUACUUGCUUUAUACGGUUACAAUAGAAAUAUGGAUAAACCUAUUCCAGAACAACCACCAGAGGUGGUUCCUGAGGAGAUUGAGAAGCCGGAAUCCGCCUUGCAGCAGUUAUACAAUGAUAACGCUAGUCCCGAGGCCCCGCGGGUCCUUCGAUCUGGUUCGAGACCGCCCUCUGAAGAGGAAGAUGACUAUGACUACAGUCCUGAUGAAGACGACUGGAAGAAAACCAUUAUGGUAGGUAAUGACUUUCAAGCAGGUAUACCAGAAGGAUUAUGCAGCUAUGAUGAUGCAUUGCCCUAUGAAAAUGAGGAUAAGUUACUAUGGAACCCGAGUGUUCUCGAUGAAAAAGUUAUUGAAGAUUAUAUGAAAAAGAUUUGUGCUAUGAAUUCAGGAACCGGCAUUGAUGCUGUACCUAAAGGGAAGCAGCUACGAGAUGAUGAAGAGGCCUUAUUUCUGCUGCAACAAUGUGGCCACAAUGUUGAAGAAGCACUGAGGAGACGGAGAAUUUCAGCUCAGACCCCAGCCCAUGCCAGCGUGUGGUCUGAAGAAGAAUGUAGGAAUUUCGAAAAUGGCAUCAAAGUUCAUGGUAAAGAUUUUCACUUAAUACGUCAACAAAAGGUAAGAACAAGGUCGGUCGGUGAGCUUGUACAAUUUUACUAUAUUUGGAAGAAGACAGAAAGACAUGAUAUAUUUGCGAACAAGACACGGUUAGAAAAAAAGAAGUAUACUCUGCAUCCUGGACAUACUGAUUACAUGGACAGGUUCUUGGAAGAGCAAGAAGCUUCUGGUACGAGUGUUGUAAGACCGGUUUCUCCAACACCUAUGAUGGUGUACGUGCCUUCACCAGCUACUCAGCCCGAUCCUUUAGCUUUAGGUGAAAAAGAGGUCUUUUCUCAACUUAACACUCACACUACACCGCCUCGAACCUUGUCGACCGAGGAACCAGAGCCCGAUACAGUUUCCUAA